AUGAUACAAGAGCCUGAACAACAAAGCUUGCGGGCUAAGCUUAUUGAUCUUGGCCGUCGUUACAUAUAUCUCAGCUCUCAUCAUCCCACGAUUUGGGAGUACGAAGGCCCAGUUGCGCUCGGUGGCUUUUUGAGGAACAUGACAGAGGAGAGUUCACAACCACAAGUGCAAGAAUAUUCUUGGAGGUUUUUGCAGGUACGCUCUUUUGCCUUAGAGAGAGAAUGUCUCACCUUGAUCCACUGA